UACAUAAAGUCGUUCAGUUGUCUUGUUUGAUUUGUUACUACAUAUAUAUCUCAAGCAGAAAACGGUUUUCUUGGAGUUACAAGGACUUCGAAAAAAACCCGUUCACAAUGUCAUACAAAGAAGCAAAUGAUGUGUUAAACUACUGGCUUGGAGGUGGUGAUCGUUCAAAGAGACCACGCUGGUUCGGAGGUGGAGAGGAAGCCGCGCAAGAAUUACGAGACAAGUUUGGAACGUUGGUUGAGAAAGCAAGAAACGACGAGCUAAAACAUUGGGAAAAUGAUCCUAAAGCAACUCUAGCAUUAAUUAUUUUACAGGAUCAGUUCCUUCGCACUCUUUACAAGGGUAGCCCUGUGGCUACAUCGAGGGAUCUUUACUGUCAAGAGCUCGCCCAAAAGUUCAUACAACGUGAGACUCACGACCACUUGAAGUUCAGCCCUGCUGCAAGACUUUUUCUUUAUCUUCCACUCGAACACAGUGAGGAUAGAGGGAAACAGGGUAGCCCUGUUGCUUUUUCAAGGGAUCUUCACUGUCAAGUGCUCGCCCAAAAGUUCAUACAACGUGAGACUCACGACCACUUGAAGUUCAGCCCUGCUGCCAGAAUUUUCAUUUAUCUUCCAAUCGAACACAGUGAGGAUAGAGACAAACAGGAGCUUAACGUUCAGCUUUUUGCUCAGUUAGAGAAGGACACCAAAGGUACUGAAGAGGAAUCCAGUGUAAAAAAAAUUGCAUUGGUGUGCUGGUCUGAACUUAGCGUUCAGCUUUUUGCUCAGCUAGAGAAUGAUACCAAAGGUAGUGAAGAGGAAGCCUUUGGGAAAGGAGGAUAUCGCUUUGCCUGUCUUCAUAAGGAAGUCGUGGACAGAUUUGGUCGCUUUCCACAGCGGAACAAAGUUCUGGGCAGAGAAAACACACCAGAAGAAGAAGAUUGGCUAAAUAAUUUACCUAACAAGUACAAAUGGUGAAGCAUACACAGAGUACUACUGAACUGUACACUGAUUUUGGUAAUACACUUUAAAAAUGCGCCGAUCAGCUCGAAAUUUCAAUGUUUGAUUUCUUUGGUUCAUAUUCCCCUCAUUUCAGUUUGUACAAACUCAGUCGCCUUUCUCAUUAUUUUAAAGAACACUUGGUUAGUUGUCAGUAACGUUCACCUUGUUUGUCACGUACCUCUCCCACAUGAGGAAAGAUUGCGUGGCAGGCUGACAACAAAAUCACGUUUGAGGACGUGAUCGGGCCUUAAUUUAGCAUAUUGAUUCAAUAUUAAAGUUAUUCAAUAUUCAAUUUUUAGUUAGCUCACCGAAUUCAUCCUUGAACAAAUCCCGGGAACAAAUAUGUUCCAAGUUGAGGAACGUUCUAAUCGAAAAAAUAUAUAUAUUAUUUAACAAAUAAAGAAGCCUAUGCCGUGUAUUACACUGUGAUAAAACACGACGGGCAUUUGAGAACACGAGGGAAAUGUAGAAAUCAUGAGCCGCGCGUGAGUGCUUUCUACAUUUCUCUAGUGUACUCAAAUGUCCGGAGUGUUUUAUGACAGUGUAAUACACGGCUU